AAUAUGCACAAAAACAUAAACACUUGUUAAUCUUUCAAAAUGGAGAGGCUAAUUCGUGUAAAUAAUUAAUCAUUAACAAAAGAAUUUUUUUUUUAUUUUAAAAAAAUGUUUGCUCGGCGGUGAACCGGACGUUGAGUACAAGUCAUAGGUGAUUCUGUGGGACUUGAUUGAGAUACUGAAGAAGCCAUGGGAGAAGAUAUGAAAGGGAAAGACACAAACGAAGAGCAAGAGCAGGUCGUGAAUCCAUGGGAGGUGUCGGCCAAAGACGGAGGGAAGAUCGACUACGACAAACUAAUCGACAAAUUCGGAUGCCAGAGGCUCGACCACUCGCUAAUUGACCGCGUCCGCCGCCUUACCGGCCGCGCUCCCCACGUCUUCCUGCGCCGUGGCGUCUUCUUCGCCCACAGGGACUUCAAUGACAUAUUGGAUGCUUACGAGCGAGGCGAGAAAUUUUUUCUCUACACUGGCAGAGGCCCCUCCUCUGAAUCUCUGCAUUUGGGUCAUCUAAUUCCGUUUAUGUUUACGAGAUACCUUCAAGAGGCGUUUAGGGUUCCGCUUGUUAUACAGCUUACUGAUGAUGAAAAGUGUAUGUGGAAAAAUCUGUCUGUGGAGGAGAGCAAAAGACUGGCCCGUGAAAAUGCUAGAGAUAUUAUUGCUUGUGGAUUUGACAUCACUAGAACUUUCAUUUUCCAAGAUUUUGAGUAUGUUGGUGGUUCCUUCUACAAUAACAUGGUGAAAGUUGAAAAGUGUGUCACAUAUAAUAAGGUUGUGGGUAUUUUUGGUUUUACUGGUGAAGAUCAUAUUGGCAAAGUUAGCUUCCCAGCUGUGCAGGCAGUUCCAUCCUUUCCCAGUUCAUUUCCACACUUGUUCUCUGGCAAAGAUGAUCUCCGUUGCUUAAUUCCUUGUGCUAUUGACCAGGAUCCAUAUUUCAGAAUGACAAGAGAUGUUGCUCCUCGGAUAGGAUAUCACAAGCCUUCAUUGAUUGAAUCAACAUUCUUCCCUGCACUGCAGGGGGAGACAGGAAAAAUGUCGGCUAGUGAUCCAAAUUCAGCUAUAUAUGUAACCGAUUCAGCUAAGGAAAUCAAGAACAAGAUAAACAAGCAUGCUUUCUCUGGCGGUCAAGAUUCUGAGGAGAAGCACAGAAAAUAUGGAGCAAAUUUAGAGGUAGAUAUACCAAUCAAAUAUUUAAGUUUUUUCCUGGAGGAUGACGAUGAGCUUGAACACAUAAAAAAGGAGUAUGCUGCGGGACGCAUGCUAACAGGAGAGGUGAAGAAGCGUCUUGCUGAGGUUUUGACUGACUUGGUUGAAAGACAUCGUUUGGCGCGGUCUGCAGUGACUGAUGAAAUGGUGGAUGCAUUCAUGGCAGUGAGACCUCUCCCCAAUAUGUUCGACUGAAAAGUGGAGAAUCAUUACAUUGAAGUGGCAGUUUUGAAUAGUACAGUGAGUUCUUUUUCUACAUUAAUUAUAGAGAAGAGAUAUAUUUAUUUCAAAUAAAAACAAUUUCAUUAUUUUUUUGGCAAAACUUAUAUUAGCUGCUGUGGUUGGCCAAUGGCUUGUUUUUCCAUGGUUCUGGAUGAUAAUAGCCAAGGCAAAGAUCACCAUUUCCUUUAGCAUGGUCUUGGAGGGAUUGAAAAAUCUCAUGAACUAACUCAUCCCAUUUGCUUUUGUGUUAAUGACCAAAAAAAGUUGUUCAAAUUCGUAAUGGAAGAUAAUUUCUAUUUUUGAAGCCAAA